AUGGACCACAACGACUUCGAUAGUGUUUCUUGGAGGAACGAUGGGGAUAGCGAUGUUUCGCGGCCGGCAACAUCGUAUACUGAUAUUGACAACGCCUCGAGCUCGCGGGAUGACCCCAAUGGGAAGCGCCGAAUGAGCUCCGCGGAAGAUGAGGUCCUAUCCCCAACUCACGAAGGAGCCGGUGGUUUUAUGGGCGGUCUAGACAAUGGCAUGAUCGAGUGUACAGUAGACACGCCGCUGAAGGAGAACGAGGGCACAAAGGAUGUCUACGUUUCCUACCUUGUGUCUACUCAUGUUGGUCUCCCUUGCUUGUUUACCUCUUAUUAUCACAAUAAUUACGAAGCCAGUACUGACAAAACAGACUUCAGCGUUAGGCGGCGCUUUACGGACUUCUACUUCCUCUACAACACCUUGUUCCGAGAGUAUCCUGCUUGCGCAGUCCCACCGCUGCCAGACAAGCACAAGAUGGAAUACGUACGCGGAGACCGAUUCGGGCCUGAGUUCACCCAGCGCCGUGCUUGGUCACUUCACCGGUUCAUCAAAAGGAUCACCCUCCAUCCUGUUCUCCGCAGAGCCCCGGUUUUGGUCACAUUUCUUGAAUCUGGAGAAUGGAACGCACACAUGAGGAUGCGCCCAUCCCGCAGCUCCACCAAUGCCUCCGAUGGCGGAAGUAAUAUAUUCGACAACUUUGCAGAUACGUUUGUCAAUGCAUUCACAAAAGUUCACAAGCCGGAUAAGCGCUUCACCGAAGUAAGGGAAAAGGCCGACAAGCUAGAUGAAGAUCUAAGCCACGUGGAGAAAAUUGUUGCCCGGGUUGCACGGCGCGAGAGCGAUUUGGAAACAGACUAUGCUGAACUAGCUAUGCAAUUCCGCAAACUUGUUCCUCUUGAACCGGAGCUAGAGGUGCCGCUACAGAUAUUUGCCGGAUCGGUAGAAGAAACAUCCUACGGUAUUCAAGAUUUGAAAGAACAUACAGAUCAAAACUACCUGGGCAGUCUCCGAGAUAUGGAAGCUUACAUUCUAUCACUCAAAACUCUGCUGAAGACGCGGGAACAAAAACAACUUGACUACGAAGCCCUCGUUGACUAUCUCAACAAGGCCGUGGCCGAACGCGAUACUUUGACUAAUAAUCCAUCAUCCUACUAUGCUACAAACCCACUAACAAGUAACCCUGCCUCGUUCCUGCGAUCUAAGAUGGAAGAUAUCAGGGGCGUUGACCACGAACAAUCGCGCAGGGAGAAAGUGCGGAAGCUAGAACUCCGCAUCGACGAAUUAACCCGCGAGGUGGAGAGUGCCAAAACUACUUCGGAGAUGUUUGAUGAAGAGGUCGUACGUGAAGUUACUGACUUCGAACGCAUCAAAGCCAUCGAGUUCCGCGAUACAUUGGGUGCGAUGACCCAGAAACAAGUCGACUUCUACCAAGGAGUCCUAGCCACCUGGGAGCGAUUCAUUGUGGAAAUGGAGGUCGACGGUGAUGGAGACGAUGUGGGUGCAAAACGAGACGUGAAGGCGAAGAAACCCCAGAUUGGAGCUGCUUGA